AUGUUCGCUCGAGGAAUCCGCGCUGUCUCCCGGCGAGCCGCUCUCGUCGCUCCCCUCGCCCGCCCUACCAUCCUUCCUGGCCGACAGAUUGCUCCCGUCGUCUCUGUUAACGCCUCGCGCUCAUAUCACGAGAAGGUUCUUGACCACUACUCACGACCCCGAAAUGUUGGUUCUAUGAACAAGAAGGACGCCGAUGUUGGAACUGGUCUUGUCGGUGCCCCCGCCUGUGGCGACGUCAUGAAGCUCCAGAUUCGUGUCGACCCUGAAACUCAGAAGAUCUCGGAGGUCAAGUUCAAGACUUUCGGAUGUGGUUCCGCCAUCGCCUCUAGCAGCUACCUCACUGAGCUUGUACGUGGCAUGAGCUUGGAUGACGCCGGCAAGGUCAAGAACACCGAAAUUGCCAAGGAGCUAUGCUUGCCCCCUGUGAAGCUGCACUGCUCCAUGCUGGCUGAGGACGCAAUCAAGUCAGCUAUCUCAGAUUACUAUACCAAGAACCCUAACGCCAAGGUCAGCAACCUCAGCGGCACAGGCAUGAAGCUUCCUGAGGCCGAUGCUGUUGCUGCUUAA